AUGGAGGCUACAGAUGUGAGGAAUCAGACUGUUUUUCUUUGGCAGGGACAAUUGUCAAACGAUGUGCUACGUUUGCAAGGCGGUGACCAAGUCUCCAUUCUUGUAAGGCCUGAUGAUGUUGAUUUUGUGAGAGUGAAGAAGACAGGACGUAGCCAUGACGCAUCUGUUCCCCGUGAUCAAAUGAGUGCUUUAGUUGAAGAAUCAGCAGUGGAAGACGAUCCUUUUGGCCCUGGCGGAUGA